AUGACGCUCUCCUACCUGGUCUCCACAGCAGGACACGCUCAACAUCAGAACGAACUUUACCCACAUGACACAAAAUCUAUCCUGCAGCUCAUACAAGAUGGAGCAGCAGAAUUCGGUUCAGAAAGAGUGGUAGGGUUCACUUCGAAGGACGAUGAUCGGGAUGGAUGGAGAUGUGAUCGGUAUUCAUUCCCACAGCUACUAGAUCUAUCUUGUAGACUCGGAUAUCAGCUAGCUCAGAGAGGUGUACCUAUCAACAAAGAUGAUACCAAGAUCAUAUCGCUGCUAUGUCCGACAGGUUUGGAAUUCUUGAUAUCUUGGAUAGCACUGAUGAGAUUGGGAUAUGGGGUGGUACUCAUAGCACCACAGUGUUCACCAUCAGCUAUCACCCACCUAUACAAUUCCUCCUCAUCCACUCAAUUGAUAUAUCAUUCCAAAUACGCUGAACUGGCUCAUUCUGCCCAGCAAUCAGACCCAUCUACAGCUAUUCAAUCGAUUGAACUACCUUCGGCGACCUCAUUGCACUCUCCACCAUCAACGUUCCACAUACCAUACUCAGUGAAAGAUCCCAAAAGCGUAUCUCAUAUCUUCCACACUUCCGGGACGAGUGGAACACCCAAACCUAUACCCAAUUUCCACCAGAAGAGUGUAUCGGUCUUGCCUCGUAGAUCCCUACCAGCCUAUCUCCAGUCUAUUACCGAGAACGAUAACGGGAGUGGACGUGGGAAUGGGACCAGCUCAGAAUCAGCAGCAUUCACCACUACUCCUCUGUUUCAUGGUGGGAUAUCAGAUCUAUUAAGAGCAUGGAUGGCAAGAAGUAUGAUUUACUUUUAUCCUACUUCAGAUGUAGCUAUCACCAGCAACAACGUGGUCGAAUCCAUCAAGGCAUGUCAGAUACCACCACCUGCUCUGAACGGUAUAGAAUUAUCGAGUGAGCAAAAUGAAGAGAGGAACCAAAGGUUCAAGGUCACGUCGUUCUUAUCUGUACCUUAUAUCUUGUCUACCUUGGCUGAAGAUCCCAAUGGACCUGGUAUGGAGAUGCUGCGAUCUAUGGAAUACGUAUCUACCGGUGGUGCUCCGCUAGAUACUACGAUUGGAGAUACGAUGGUAGAUCAGGGGGUGAGGUUGGUGAGCAGAUUAGGGAGUAGUGAAUGUGGAUUCUUAUUAAGUUCGCAUCGAGAUUACUCCACUGAAAAAGAUUGGGAAUGGUUAAGGAACGACUCGCCUUACUCGGAUGCGUUGGUGUUUGAACCUGUCGAUGAGAGUAGAGAGAAGUACGAGAUGAUAGUCACGAAUAGAUGGACAAGCAAAACCAAGUCAAACCGAGCAGAUGGUAGUUACGCAACAGGCGAUCUGUAUCAACCCCAUCCUUCCAAGAAGAAUGUGUGGAAAUACGUUGGAAGAGGUGAUGAUGUUAUCGUACUUAGCAAUGGCGAGAAAGCAUCACCUGGAAUUAUCGAAAGUGCAUUACGGCAAUCCGCCCACCUCUCAGACGUACUAGUAGUAGGCUCAGAUCGAUCACAACUCGGGAUCUUGCUGUUUGCCGAAUCCCUCCCAGCGCCCUCAGAUCUACUCGAAAAACUCUCUCCACUUAUCGACCAGGCAAAUAGGGAUUCACCGUCUUUCGCUCAGAUAUCCAAAGAGAUGUGUUUAGUAGUCUGUGAACCAACCAAAAGGUUACCGAAGAGUAGUAAAGGUACGAUUCAACGGGGUGUAGCGUACGAAGUGUUCAGAGAGGAGAUCAAUCAGUUAUACGAUCACCAGAAUGGCCAAGGGGAUUAUCUACCCAAGAGAUCAGUAGAAGAGAUCAGGGAAGAGGUGAAAAAGAUCAUCGAAAAUAUAGCAGCAAGUAAAUUGAGAGUGGACGAUGUAAAUGAGAAUACAGAUUUAUUCAAUUGGGGUGUAAACUCAUUGAUGGCCAUUAGGAUACGGACCAACCUGCAAAAGAAGUUGAAUACUGGCGGGGUGAUAUUACCAAAUAAUGUGGUUUUUGAGAGACCAUCGAUCAAGAGACUUUCUCAGUACAUCUUUGAUCUACAGGAAAACCAAGCAAUGGAUAACAAUGAUGUUGAAGAAUCGUACGAACUCAUGAAUGACCUAGUACAAAAAUACGGUCAAUUCGAUAGCACUCCAGGUGGUCUUCCAGGAUUUAGAGAUGCAGAUGAUAAGAAGGGAAUCACAGUGCUGUUGACAGGAGGUACCGGAUCACUCGGAUCGUUCUUGAUCGAUGAGCUAAAACAACUGGCCGGCCAAACAGUCAAGAAGAUCAUAUGCCUGGUCCGUGCCCCCAACGAUGUGGUUGCGUACAGCAGGGUGAAGAAGGUCCUGGAGAUCCGUAAUGUUGCUAUGGGGAGUAAGGUAGAGGUCUUAGGCGCGGACUUAAGUAGGCAUCAUCUGGGAUUGGAGAUAGAGGCGUACAAUAAAUUGAUAGAGGAGGUUAAUAUGAUCAUACAUGCGGCUUGGCCUGUCCACUUCACCAGCAGCCUGAUAUCGUUCGAAGAUAGUAUCAAGGGUACACGGAACCUCUUGGAUCUUGCAGCUGCUACCAAACAAGGGAAGAUGUACUAUUGCUCCUCCCUGGCCUCAGUGCUCAACCGACCCUCAUCCACAAUCUCCGAACAACCUUCUACCGACCCGUCAACAGCAUCUCCAAUAGGUUAUUCCCAGUCUAAGUGGGUCACCGAGCAGAUAUGUCGAAUUGCCAGUGAAAGCUCCAUAUUGAAAGAUCGAGUACACGUAAUGCGUGUGGGACAGCUCUGUGGUGAUACCAAGACCGGUCAUUGGAAUGAGAAGGAAGGUUGGCCGUUGAUGUUUAGGACUGCUCAGACUACAGGAACUCUACCGAUUUUAGAGGAGAAACCUUCCUGGUUACCUGUUGAUCUAGCUGCACGUGCUAUCACGGAUAUAAUCAUUGACAAUGCUGCUGAGAACCAUCUGAUCUAUCAUAUCGCUCACCCCAAGAAUAUUGAAUUCAACAUCAUCCUCGAUGGACUGGAAGCAGCAGGUCUUUCGUUCCAAAGGGUAUCGCCUGCAGAAUGGUUGAACAAGGUGGAAGCUAGUACAGAUGACCCGGAGAUGAACCCUAGUAAACAAAUGUUGCAUAUGUGGAAAGCUGCUUACGGUAAUCCUACAGUAUCGCAAAAAGAGGUCCUGGUGGACACUACCAAUGCUCGUCGGUCGUCGAGAACUAUGAGUGAUCUACCUGACAUAGAUGAAGAGCAUAUCGUAAAAAUGGUGCAAGCUUGGAAGAAAAGCGGGUUCUUGAAUACAUAA